GAAGACGCGGAGGGAGGAGGAGGGGGAUGAGAGUGGCUAGAACCUUGGAAAUGGCAGGCGAGGGACUUCAGAGUACAGCUCAGUUCAAGCCCUGGUGAGGAUCCAUUUUAAACAGGACGUCUUCGACCCGGUGAUUGCAGAGCCCCCCGAGGGGAGGGACUCUUUCGUCACCCGUCCUCUCCUUCUGGACCCAUAUCGAGCUGGAACCGUCCCCCGCUUCAGCUCAGCGCUGUGGUCAUCCUUUUACGAAGCCCAGACUUACAUCCCAGAGAGACAGCCUUGUUGAUCCAUGACGUCCUCUUUGGAGAGAAGGCCCGUGCCCCUUUAACCUGACGUUCUCUUCCUACCCUCAAGAUGGGCCUAGAUCUCCUGGGUUGUUCACCAGAUUUGUAACUAGGCCUGGGCAGCCAAGCAGCCAUGCCUACCUGGGGGGCUGGCUCCCCUUCCCCGGACCGCUUUGCCGUGUCUGCGGAGGCCGAGGACAAGGUACGGGAGCAGGUACCCCAUGUGGAGCGCAUCUUCCGCGUGGGGAUGAGCGUCCUCCCGAAGGACUGCCCUGAGAACCCUCACAUCUGGCUGCAGCUGGAGGGCCCCAAGGAAAACGCCAGCAGAGCCAAGGAGUACCUGAAGGGUCUCUGCAGCCCGGAGCUGCAGGAUGAAAUCCACUACCCACCAAAACUGCACUGCAUCUUCCUGGGGGCCCAGGGCCUCUUUCUUGAUUGCCUGGCUUGGAGCACAUCAGCCCACCUGGUACCUGGGGCGCCUGGCUCACUGAUGGUCAGUGGCCUGACCGAGGCCUUCGUCAUGGCUCAGAGCCGAGUGGAGGAGCUGGUAGAGCGGCUGAGCUGGGACUUCUGGCCAGGGCCGUCCGCUGGAGCCUCCCAGUGUGCUGGAGUGCUGAGAGAGUUCUGUGCCCUGCUGCAGCCCCGGGGGGAUGCCCACAGAGAGGCCCUGCUGCAGCUGCCCCCGGCUGUCCAGGAGGAACUGCUGAGUCUGGUGCAAGAGGCAUCCAAGGGACAGGGGCCCCAAGGGCUUCCUUACUGGGAGGGGGCGAACCCAGGCCUGCUGGGUGCUCCGCACCAGGGAGUCAGAGCUCCCUUGAGUGAAGGCAGGGGGCUCCUGGAUACUGGACCUACAGGGUGGCAAGAGUCAAGGGGAGAGAGACAUGCUAUGGAGAAGGAGGGAGGGAAGCAGGGUGGUCCCAGGGAUAUGGAUUUGGGAUGGAAGGAGCUGCCUGGGGCAGAGGCCUGGGAGAAAGAAGUGACCUUCAGGUCGCAGUUCGGGGGAGGAGAGGCAGGGCAGGAAGGGCUCCUGAAGGGGAAGGCUCUGGAGAAGGAGGGGGUGCCUCAGGAAAGAGGAAGGUUCUGUAUACAGGGUGAGCCUCCUGGUGCCCAGGGCCCCUGUCAGAGGGCAGCUCAGCUCCGGGGAGCCUCUCUACUCCAGCGGCUCCACAAUGGGGAAGCCUCACCUCCCAGAGUGCCUAGCCCUCCCCCUGCACCUGAACCCCCAUGGUACUGUGGAGACCGAGGAGACAGGGGAGACAAGCAGCAGGUUGUGGCUCGAGGUCGCGGGUCUCCAUGGAAACGAGGCACCCGGGGGGGCAACUUGGUGACUGGCACACAGCGUUUCCAGGAGGCCCUACAGGACCCUUUUACCCUGUGCCUUGCCAAUGUACCUGGCCAGCCAGACCUCCGCCAUAUUGUCAUUGAUGGCAGCAACGUGGCCAUGGUGCACGGCCUCCAGCACUACUUCUCCAGCCGGGGCAUUGCCAUUGCCGUGCAGUACUUCUGGGACCGUGGCCAUCGGGACAUAACUGUCUUUGUGCCUCAGUGGCGCUUCAGUAAGGAUUCCAAGGUCAGAGAGGGUCACUUCCUGCAAAAGCUGUACUCCCUCAGUCUACUCUCCCUCACUCCCUCCCGGGUCAUGGAUGGCAAGAGGAUCUCCUCCUAUGAUGACAGGUUCAUGGUGAAGCUGGCUGAAGAGACUGAUGGGAUCAUUGUCUCUAACGACCAGUUCCGGGACCUAGCGGAGGAGUCUGAGAAGUGGAUGGCAAUCAUCAGAGAGCGCCUGCUGCCCUUCACCUUUGUGGGAAACCUCUUCAUGGUCCCUGAUGACCCACUGGGGCGAAAUGGCCCCAUGCUGGAUGAGUUCCUAAAGAAGCCAGUCAGGGCACAGGGGUCUUCUAAGUCUCAGCAUCCUUCCAGGGGCUUCACAGAACACAGUAAUCAGCAGCAGGGGAGAGAAGAGGAGGAAAAAGGCAGUGGUGGCAUUCGGAAGACCCGGGAGACAGAGAGGCUCCGGCGCCAGCUGCUGGAAGUGUUUUGGGGCCAGGAUCACAAGGUGGACUUCAUCCUGCAGAGGGAGCCCUACUGCCGCGACAUCAACCAGCUGUCUGAGGCCCUGCUCAGUCUCAACUUUUGAGCUUCACUGGCCUGCGUGGCUGCCUCCCCAUCAGCAUCAGCCUUGCUCAGCCUUGCCUCUUCUGUGAGGAUCCCUGUUGUGCUCAGACCCUGACCCAGACCCACUCUGAGUUGGAGUGGCGGGGCAGGGAAGGACUGAGGAAGAGCAUCCCAAUGCUCUUGCGUGGGGCACUUCAGAGACAGGUCCAUAAAGUGACCGGAUCUCCUCUUGAGUCAACACCUCAACCAGCUCUGAAGAGAUUCUGUGCAGCUCCAACUCCUCAACCUUAGCACAGGGUUUCUCUAAGGAGUGGGGGCUGCUGGGAAGCGUAGGUCCUGGAGAUUGGGACUGCCAGCCCCUCCUCGAAGCUGAGUUGAGGAUGGAAGCUGGAGUGGGUGGGAGGGGAAUGAAAACAGGUGGCAAGGAAGCUGAGCCUUCCUGCUCCUGGCUGCUGCUCUGGAUAGCCAGAGGACAGGACGCUUCCUAGGCCUGGCAGGGCUCCUGGGAGCCUUGAAGGGAACGCUGGGCCCUGGAAAGGCGAGUGUGACGGGGUCUGGGUCACAGUGGUGCAGCAGAGAGCUGGUGGGAAAGGUAGAGGGCAACUUGCUUCUGGUCUCAGCUGUGCCUGUCUGUGACUUUGACUGAGCUACUUGGCCUUUACUUCUGCCUAUAAAUCAGAUGUAAAAAUGCCUGUUGGGAGAAAUAAGAACAUGGAGGAGGGCUCUUUGGAGGAAAAGUAUUUGGACCAAGUCUCAGGUGUGUCUGUCUGUGACUGCACAGGCCUCCACACCAAAACCUUACUUUCAGAGAAUUGAGGGUCCUCUGUCCCCAGGGCCUGUGCCCUAGAUUUUAACACUGCACCCUCAUCAUGUGCCCUAUAAUGGCUGCGUCCCUUUGGGGCAACCCCCAAGUCCACAUUUACAAAACAGUUAGGGGUGACUGUUUGCAUUACCAGAAUACUCUCAGGGUUCCUCUAAAUGGCAGCUCUCCUGUUGCAUUCAAGUGCUUGUUUACAGAUUGACGAAUGUGUCAGAAAGUCCCCUGUUCACUGCACUUGUGGUGUUGCGAACUCAAUGGAAGCCAUGCUCUGCAAUGACAAUGUGAUUUUAACCAUAGCAUUUUCUCUACAGAACACGUUGCAUAAAGUGAGGCCCACUUCGGCUUUGUGUGUGAUUGUGUGUGAUUGUGUGUGUGCGUGUGAAUGGGGGGGGGGGCGGUUAUCAAGGCUGUAUCUAGAUGAACUAAUUAUCUGGAAAAUGAAAACUGAAGAAUAAUUAUAAUAGAAUCAGACCAACUGCUGUCCCAUCAGAACAUUCUCUGCCCUGAUUCCUACAGGUCGUCGUCCUGUAUCUGCUUGAAGUCCUGUGCCAGCAAACUGACUACUUCCAAGUAGUCCUUCCUUCAGUGCAGCCCCCGAUAUAUGCUUCUGCCCUUGAGGCUGGUCAUCCCCCCAGGAACAAUACAGGGCCGGUCAACUUCCUAAAGAGUCCAGGACUGGAUAAAGAAGAGGGACAGGUACCAGAGGGUUCUGUGUCUGGGCCCUGAGGCAAGUCCCUGGACAUGAUCCUUUCCAGGCUCCGGCCUCUGCUCCCUGAGCAGUGCAGGGAGUUGAAGGCUGCCUCCCCCGCUCCUCAUUCCAGCAGCUAGUGGGAGCUGAGUGCUGAUGGAGAAGGUCUCUGGGUCCUAGUAUCUCUCGCCCUCCUCCCUGUUAUGGAUACCACUAGACCUUACUGACUUAGGCUGGGGACACGUGUGUCAGAGAGGCUAGUCAGGAAGGUAGGUGACAGUGACUCAAGUCCCCUUGGAAGAAAGGAGAUUGGUUAAUACAGCCCAAGUUGGGGGGCUAGGGGAACUACUGGUCAAAUUGUGGCAGGUAUCAGAGUAGGUGAAAAGGGAGAGGGUCCUAAAUGAACACUUGGGAUUUUUUUUUUCCUAUUAAGUUUGUAAUUUUGGGUAUGUUCCUUGUCCCUUUCACUUUCAGUGAUGGUGGAUAUGAAGUAGACCAGAGGUAUCUUCUUCCCUUUUGUGCCUGGGACUCUGGUUGACUGAGUGGCCUCAAUCAGAUGUGAGGCCAGUCCUAAGCUUCUUACAGAAAGGGUUGUUGGCUUACUCCUGCAGCUUGAUGAACUGGUACCAUUGUGUGAUCACUUUAUUAAUUCACUGCCAUUCAGCAACAGACUGUGAAGGCUGUCCUAGACGUGGGCCUUGUGUCCUCCUCUGCUGGCAUCCUAAUGGUACCAUGUGAACAAGUAUGCAGAGUGACCAUAGAACUCACUGGAAAUUGAUCAUGACUUCUCUUGUUUUCUAGUCUCUACCGUUAUUAUAACCUCAUGCCCCAAAUUUGUUACCAGCUCUUUUGGAACUGGAGGAAACAAAAAGGGAGAUAAUGCCCAUUGUAACUUUCAAAAUCCCACAUUUGGGAGUCUUCUAGGGUGACAUUUCUUGAAAUAAAUUCAAGGAGAAUCUAGGCUAAAGAGAUAAGCCAAAGCUAAUGAGAUAAUUUAUCUUUAUUGCCUAAACU